UAAUAUUUAAAUUUUUAGAAUAUUUAAUAUUUGAAUAAAAUGCUUGAAUCGUCGUCAGUUGGCGAAGAAGAGCCGACUAAAGAGCAAGCUGGGAGUAUAAAUGCAAUUGAUAAAACUACAGUUCAUCAGAUCUGCUCAGGGCAGGUUAUACUAAACCUCGCCACGGCAGUUAAGGAAUUGGUUGAGAACAGUCUAGAUGCUGGAGCUACCCAGGUUGAGAUUAAACUCCGGGAUCAUGGAUCUGCUUGGAUUGAGGUCGCAGAUAAUGGAGCAGGUGUCGUAGAAUCGAAUUUCCAGGGAUUAACAUUAAAGCAUCAUACUUCAAAACUCCGGGAGUUUCAGGAUCUGGUCGGAGUGGAAACCUUCGGGUUCCGGGGAGAAGCUCUAUCCUCUCUCUGUGCUCUCAGUAAUUUAUCCAUCUCAACCCGACACUCCAGUUCUCCGCUAGGAUCAAAUAUUUCAUACGAUCACAACGGUAUUAUUGUGCGAGUGGAGAAGAUGGCAAGAACAGUUGGAACCUCAGUAAUACUCCGGGAUAUAUUUUCAACUAUGCCGGUUCGUCAGAAGGAAUUUGCGAGGAAUUUGAAGAAGGAGUUUUCAAAGCUCUGCCAGGUAUUGAAUGCCUACUGCCUGGUUAGUACUGGAGUAAGAAUAAUCUGUUCCAACACUGUGGGUCAAGGAAGGAAAACUAUAGUUAUGGCGACCAAGGGAGAUGAAAACGUUAAAGAUAAUAUUGUCAGUGUAUACGGAAGUAAGCAGGGUUCUAGAUUACUGGUUCUUAAGACUGCAGAACUUACCGAGGAGGAGCUAGCAGAGACUGGAAUUAAAGGAACCCCUCCACAGGUUCAGAUUACAGGAUAUAUAUCCAGCUGUGAGCAUGGAGAGGGACGUGGGGCGGCGGAUAGACAAUUCUUCUUUAUAAACAGCAGACCUUGUGAUCCGCCUAGGAUCAGUAAAACUGUUAAUGAGGUAUACCACUACUAUAACAGGAAUCAAUUUCCCUUCGUAUUCAUCAACAUAGAGACCCUGAGAACUAGUGUAGAUGUUAACGUGACCCCGGACAAGAGACUUGUUUAUCUCCAGAACGAGAAGUAUCUCUGCUCUCUACUCCGGAAGACCUUGGAGACUGUGUUUAAGAACGGACCAAGAAAUAUUCCUCUCAACAUUAACAUUGCUCAGGAAAGAGUUGAGACAGGACUGAUUAAAAACCUUGACUUGACUCAAAGUGGGUCUGGAGACAAGAAACAAGGAUUAUCCUCGCUCAUCAAUCUUAAGAGAAAAUUAUCCUCGGAGAAGGCUGAGAAACAAACGAAAAAACAACCCAAGUUAGAUGAUUAUUUCUGUAAACUGGGAAGAGGAGAUGGAAAGAAUAUGGAGGAGUCCGAUAUUAACGAUAAAUAUGAAACCGUAAAUAGUGCUUUUGCUCCGUCAGCAGACCGAAGCUCAUCAGAAGACUUGGAUUCCUUGUCAGCUCGACUCCACAGUCCGGAGAAAUCUGAGAUUGGAACCCGUUCUCGUAACUUAUCCAGAUCCCUGCCAAGCAUUAUAAUGGAAAGCCGAGAAUCUUUAAAACUCUCCAGCUCCUCCCAGCCUAUCGUCAUAUUUGACGAUUUUGAAACGAUUAACCGAGAAAGAAAGGAAAGCACAAAUGAGAACGGUUCCACCCAGCCUGUCGUCAUAUUUGAUGAUUUUGAAUCGAUAACCCGAGAACGCAAGACAAGCGCAGUGACGAAUGGUUCCACCCAGUCUGUCGUCAUAAUUGACGAUUUUGAAACAAUUGACCGAGAACGAAAGGAAAAUGCAGUGUCCAAUUGUUCCUCCCAACCUGUCGUCAUAUUUGACGAUUUUAAAACAUCAAUACAAGAAGAGUGCGUGAACUCAAUAACGGGUGAUUCUGGCUUGAAAAUAACAUUUGACGAGUUUCCUUUAGCCUCUGCAUCUAAGUUCUCCGGAUCUGGGAAUACGGAAAGGAUAGUCGAUUCUAGUUUACAAUUUAACCCGGAGCUAGGUUUAGAAGAGAUAAACAAACCAGAGGACACCCUAGAAACAUCAUCCAAAAUAGUGGAACCAUCUUCACGUAAAAAGAAGUGUGUUAAAUUAUCAUUUUCAAUGAAGAAACUACGUGAAAGUCUUCCAUCCCUCCUGAAUACGAAUUCAACAUCAGGAUCUAAACUCAAUUUCUCCGCCAGGAUAAACCCGGACGAGAACAAAACCGCGGAGAAAGAGUUGCAGAGACAAAUAUCUAAAUCUAAUUUCAAAGAUAUGAGUAUUUUUGGACAAUUUAAUCUUGGUUUUAUUAUUGUUGGGUUGAAAGAUGAUUUGUUUAUAGUUGACCAGCACGCCACGGAUGAGAAGUAUAAUUUUGAAACCCUUCAGAGAACAACAGUGAUAAACUCGCAGAAAAUGGUUUCUCCGCAGAACCUUGAACUUACAGCUGUCAAUGAAAACGUCCUGAUGGAUAAUCUGGACGUGUUUGAGAAGAACGGAUUCAAGUUCGACCUGGAUCCGUCUGCCCCUCCGACCCACAGGGUCAAGCUUACUUCUCUUCCUAUCAGCAAGAACUGGACGUUUGGUAAGGAGGAUAUUGAUGAACUGAUCUUCCUGUUGACAGAAGCAGGAGAAGGAACGGUUACUCGUCCUUCCAGGGUCAGAGCUAUGUUUGCGUCCCGAGCCUGCAGAACUAGUGUCAUGAUUGGUAAAGCUUUAUCUAAAGGUGAUAUGAGAAGACUGAUAAAUCAUAUGGGAGAAAUUGAUCAACCCUGGAACUGUCCUCAUGGAAGACCUACUCUCCGGCAUCUGGUUUCUCUAAGUCUUGUUGAAUAAUAAGAUCCCCUUUCAUUUUGAGACUUUUUAGAAUUUAUUUUUUAUUUGCGAAAAUGUGAUAUUAUUUUACCGCCAACCCUGACCAGUGUACCUGAACCCAAAUCCGAAUCAUUUCAGA